CUUCUAUUUUAGUCCUCCCUCCGUCACCGUUGUUGUUGUAUUGGUAUUUUACAACACUUUUCGGUGCACCUGAAUGCAGCAUCAUUUGAAGGUCCAGAGCAGCGCCCUCACAUGGACGCGGCUGGUAAAAACCACCGUGUUCACCGUUGUCAAGAAGCUGCGUCCCUGGUUGCCUGGUUCUCUGGUAAACAGGUAGAAAAGGUGAAAAUGGCUCUUUAUUUUACACUUUAACGAGUCACAGAGGAUGUCACUCUUCAGCAAAAGUUGCGGUGAAUAUUUCCUACUUUCAGAAGUUUGUGAAAGCGACGAAAUUACUUAGCUGGUUUCACAGGUGUCGUUAUCGAAACACGCAUUUACAAGCCAAGGUAGCAGCUAACAGCUAACAGCUAAACCUCUGUAGCCUGAUUCGUGUGCGCGACAUUUUUUAACGACGUAUAAAAAUGUCGGUCCCGCAAUUUUAACUGUAUAUUUUACAAUGUUUUAAUCACCAUAAGUCCCGUAAUUGGUGUCUUCAGCAAUUGGACCGAAGACAUGACAUACGAAAGUAAUUUAACAAAAGUCAGGAUGCAAGUCCUUCAGGACAACUUCUUCUACCACUCAAAUUCGAGGUUUGGAGCUGGGGGAGGCCUCGCACACGAGAGACAACUCCUGCUGGAGGAGCAGAAAUUAUGCAAAGCUCGAGCUCGCAAGCUUUCCCUGGAAACCAAUCGACGCAGGAAGGCGCUGGAGGAGAAACGCAGGCAGCUGGACAUGCAGGACGAGCGGCUGAAAGAGAGCAUCCUACAGCAACGCAGACAGCAAAUACAGGACGCAACCGAGCGCUUCCAAAAUGCCCAUUUACCUCCCUCUCAGAGACGAAGGCGAACCUUCAGGAGAAAUGUCCCAACAAUUGAAGCUGCACUAGGUCAAAUUCAAGGCACCUUGAGCUCAAACUCCCAGCAUUCACCUUUAAUGUCCAACAAUUCUAACAUAAACAGCUGCACUCCCUCUUUGAAACCUCCCACGGUUUCUAAAUCCACCCACUCUCCUGCCGUCUCUGCUGUGGAGGCCUACAACAGACUGCUGCAGGAGCAGUUUGUGGCUCACGUCAAGAACUGUCAAAAAGUUGGAGAGACGCAGCAGAUGCAACACGACCACAGUCCACAGGACAGCUACUUGUCUGAUAGCUGUGAUUCUGAAAGCCCUUUAAGUCGGGACAGUUUGGAGAUUGAGGAUCCCAACCACAGCAGAAAUCUGCAGGGCUCCUACUCAUCAUUCUGGCCAGACUCAGAGAAACCCCAUAAAAACUCUGGAAAUCAAAAGGAUUUGUUUCUAUCUUCAGACAUGACUAGAUCAGCAGCUCGGCUGCUCGACGUUACUGUCACUCCAUCUGAAAAUCUGAAGCAGGAAACGCAGGAACAAUCCGGAGCGCUUAACAAUAAGACGCACUUUUCUAAAACAGAGACUCACUCUGGUCUGAACAACUGCAACUUAUUAACACUUUGUGAAAUUAUACACCCAGAGAACUUUGAGAACAGUACCCAAGACAACAUCACUGUUACAGAUAGAGCCAACACAGCACUUGACUCUUCAUGUCCAAAACAAGACAAGCUGUUGGAUCUCACACAGAAGAGGGUCCAUGAUGACAGACACUUGAAACACCAGCCUGCUACAGAUAUGCAUUUUGUUGCCAAAAAUGGCAACAGCAAAGAGAUGCAGUGUGGGGCUUCCCCAAAGCCAAAUAUUUUAUUAAAUGAUAGCAAAAUCUAUAAUAUCUCACAAAAAAGCAUUCUCCAGCAAACAGGAAAGGAAAACCACUGUCUCUCAUCCCGCAGUGAGCCCAGUGCUUUCAUAAACAACCUCAAUUAUUUCAUAAACUCUGAGCUGAAACAUGAGAAGUCCAUUAAUACACCAAUGCUGCAACAUGCAUGCUCGUCUAGCAUUCCAGGAGACACGCCCAAAUGCCUUAAGUGUCCUGAGGAGGACAAAGAAAAGUUGCCUUUUUCAGUGGGGACAUCUCAUUCAGGACGUGAAGUCAGAUUACUCAAAGGGAUUCUCAAAAAGAAGUCCAGAUAUGUGCCUGGAGAUGCUACAUGCGCGUCUCAAUUAGGCCAUUUAAUUUUUGCAAAACAAGUAGCUUUAGCAAUCAGGGACAGUGUUGAAUUGACAAAGGUCAAAGCUCAGGAUGUUGAGAGUAACAACAACAUAAUCAAAAAGAGGCUGCGCUGGUUUGAUGGGGUACAUGUGGAAGAAGAGGAUGAAGGACGGAUGAAAGCAGCCAUGUCUUCUCAUCUUCCUCAUUCAAGGAAAAACCUGGAAGACCACCAGCAAUGUCUCAGUACAGUCUCAUGGGCUUCCAAGCCUGGACCCAACAUGACCCCGCCAGUCUCAUUUGGUUAUCAAUUUACAAAGAAAGCGUGGGCAGAUGUUGGGGUUCAAGUCAGUUUACCCCAGGAACGAGCAAACGAGGUCAAGGUGCAAUGUAGCACCAGGCCUGGUGGCCCCAAGGUCCCUCAGAGAGAGCGCUCUACCAGAGCCGCAUCGGGUCCUGUUUCUACACAGACUAGAAAGGGCACCGUCAUACGACCUCAAUCUGCCACCGAGGUGAAUCAGAUUGCCAAAACCCAAGGGAAGGUCAUGGUGCCCCGCCCACCUCCUCGGACAGAGUCAACAGAAGAAAAGAAGACGUAUAUUAUUCCUCCAUGUGACAUGGAUCAAGCUAGUGCCAACUGUAAACAGGCUGCGGCUGUCAAACAGGCCCUGUUCAAGGAUACACUGGAAGGCUUUUCCUCAACGUGCACACGUAAUUUAACCAGAACUAAUAGCACUGUUAUGUACACACCAAUGCCACCUGCGUAUACACACCCCAUCUCAGAGGACAACACAAAGGGAAAGACCAACUCGGGUCAUCCGGAAACACAGGGUUCUGGCAGGAGAGGAAUUGUGUUUGAUGAAAAACGCCUCUGUUUGGAUUCCACUCCCACAGAUGAGGAGAUUGCAGAGCUCUGGCACAGUAUCCGUGGUGUCUUUGCCACCAAGGAAGUAAAAACCCCGGUUAGAGGCCAGCCAGUGGAGAGUGGGCGGUUUGAGAGGAAAGUCGGCAUGGAGCAGAACGGAGAGUGUCCUGGCUCAGCAAACACAAAGCUUUCCCAGCCAAUAAAACAGAUGGUGGAGCCAGUCAUGAAGUUUUCCAGAACAUUUAACGGGGCCUUUACAGACGAUGGAGAAAGAGGAGCAACCCAGUUACACUUGGCUGAAGGACGCACUGCAGACCCACGCAAAGAAAGAGUUAUUUCGGCUGCCAUGGAAACGGCCCAAACACAGUGUCCAGGAACAGGGCAGCAUGGGGAACUCACCAGCCUCUCCUUGGAAGAGCAGAAAAUCCUUCUCUCUCUGGACAGACUUAACCACCGUCUGUACUGUAUGCAGGGACAAGUUCCAAGUCAUAUCAGCAGGCAGGGCCUUGUACUCAUUGAUGCACCUCCUACAAAGGAAAUUAAAGUCACAAACCACAAUAAGCAGCGUCUGUUCUCGGUGAACAACCACUCCCUACACUCAAAGAAGUUCUGACAUAAAGCAUGUGAGGUCCUCACUCCCAUUAAUGCAUCAUUCAUAAUGUGUAACCAAGCACUUUAUUAUCCUUUGGUUCAAUUAAUCUUUAAACCAAAUGUGUCUUUUUCGGUUAAAGCCAAAAUGUACCAAAUGAAACUAGAACGCAUCAUCACAAAAUAACUCUUAAAGUUCC